AUGUCUUCAUGUUUUGUAUUUAAAAUCAUGGGUGCCAACUCCACUAUAUCCAGUGACCUUCUGGAGAUCCAGGGCUUCCACAUCGCUCCGCCUUUCAGGUACCCUCUGUUCUUCUCCCUGCUUCUGGUUUACUCCUCCCUGCUCCUGUCCAACCUGGGCGUCCUUCUGGUCAUCUUCAGCGACCGCUCUCUCCACCAGCCCAUGUACCUCCUCUUCUGUAACCUACCUCUGAACGACCUCAUAGGGAACACCGUCCUCCUACCUCGACUCAUGAUGCACAUUGUGACCGGAGAGCUCUACAUUAGCUACUGGCAAUGUGUGGUGCAAGCUUUUUAUAGCCAUACAUUUGGUUCAGCUUCUCAUAUGAUUCUUAUUAUCAUGGCUAUCGACCGCUACAUUGCUAUCUGUCACCCGUUGAGGUACAGUGCCAUCAUGACGAGUUGGACAGUCACUGGUCUUUCAGCAGCAGCUUGGAGCAUAUCAAUAGUCCUGGUUUCUGUUCUCAUUGGACUGACUGUUAGACUGUCACGGUGUACGAAUGUGAUUCAAAACGCAUACUGUGACAACGCAUCCCUGUUCAAACUAUCAUGCGAUGACAUAUCCAUAAACAAUAUCUACGGGCUCUUUUUCACCGUGCUGCUCUUUACUUGUUCUAUGGGGUGUAUGGCCAUCACUUACAUUCGGAUUGUGCUCCUGUGUUGGAUUAGAAAGAAUAAAGAGUUGAAUAAGCGUGCAGUUCAGACGUGUGCAAGUCACCUGGUGCUCUACCUUAUCAUGAUGUGUUCUGGUUUUCUGACGAUUAUUCUUCAUCGCUUUCGAGAAUAUCCAUACUUGAGACAAAUAGCGUAUGUCUUGUUCCACGUGGUUCCUGCUAAUUUGAAUCCUGUUAUCUAUGGACUACAGACCAAAUUAUUACGGGAUAAAAUUCUGUAUUAUGUUCAAAGAAAAGUGUCACCAAACUAG